AUGCCAGCCCCCGCUCCCAUUCAAGCAGCAACCUUGCAGCGCUUCAUCCUGGCCUGGAAGAAAUGGAAUGCCCAGGAAUGGAUCUCCACCUUCUCCGACGAUUUUGAACAGGUCACCCUCCCUCUUACAAUCCGCCAUGUCAUCCAUGACCCGGGGAAUAACAAGGCUGCUAUAUACGCUGUGUCCAAAGGAAAUCUUCCGUGGGGAGAUUGGAAUCUGGAGUACUCGGCAUUUGUGACUUUUACUGAAGAUGGGGAAAAGGUAGCCAAGGUGGAAGAGAUGCUCGACACGGCGUUCUUGCAGGACUUUAGGCCGAAAUAUGAAAAGUACUUGCAGGAUCAUGGGUGCCCUGUUGCUGUCGCUGCGCGAGGGAGUUGA